UAUUUUGGGCAAAAUCUUGAAUACCCACAGAGAACACCAGAGCAAACACAUCACCUGGAAAACACACAGAGUACCAAGAAGUGGAUUCUUGAUAUCCACCUUGUAACCUGAGUGGACUUCUAUUUAUAUUUUUAAACUUCUUAAUAUUUACAAUGAAUGGGCACAGCGAUGAAGAAAGUGUAAGAAACAGUAGUGGAGAGUCAAGCCAAUCAGAUGACGAUUCCGGGUCAGCAUCAGGUUCUGGAUCUGAUUCAAGCUCUGGAAGCAGUAGUGAUGGAAGCAGCAGCCAGUCAGGCAGCAGUGACUCUGAGUCUGGUUCAGAGUCAGGCACUCAGUCAGAAUCAGAGUCUGACACAUCUAGAGAGAAGAAACAGAUUCAAGCUAAACCACCAAAAGUUGACGAAUCUGAGUUUUGGAAGUCUAGUCCAAGUAUACUUGCUGUGCAAAGAUCAGCAGUGCUCAAGAAACAACAGCAACAACAACAGGCAGCCUCAUCAGACAGUGGUUCAGAAGAGGACUCAUCAAGUAGUGAAGAUUCUGCAGAUGAUUCAUCCAGUGAAACAAAGAAGAAAAAACAUAAGGAUGAAGACUGGCAAAUGUCGGAAUCAGGGUCAGUAUCAGGAACUGAUUCUGAUUCUGAAUCAGAGGAAGAUAGGGAGAAAAGCAGUUGUGAAGAGAGUGAAUCUGACUAUGAGCCAAAAAACAAGGUCAAGAGUCGGAAACCUCCAAGCAGAAUUAAGCCAAAAAGUGGGAAAAAGAGUGCAGGACUGAAAAAGAGGCAACUUGAUUCAUCGGAGGAGGAGGAUUAUGAUAAGAGAGGAUCUCGUCGCCAGGCAACAGUCAACAUUAGUUACAAAGAAGCUGAAGAAACCAAGACAGAUUCUGAUGAUUUGCUGGAAGUUUGUGGAGAAGAUGUCCCACAAACUGAAGAAGAUGAAUUUGAAACUAUAGAGAAGUUCAUGGAUAGUCGAAUUGGCCGAAAAGGAGCCACGGGUGCUGCAACCACCAUCUAUGCAGUUGAGGCAGAUGGUGACCCAAAUGCUGGGUUUGAAAAGUCAAAGGAGCCAGGAGAAAUACAGUAUCUUAUUAAAUGGAAAGGUUGGUCACACAUCCAUAACACUUGGGAAACUGAGGAAACACUGAAGCAACAAAAUGUUAAAGGAAUGAAGAAACUGGACAACUAUAAGAAAAAGGAUCAGGAAACAAAACGAUGGCUGAAAAAUGCUUCUCCAGAAGAUGUGGAAUAUUACAACUGCCAGCAGGAGCUUACAGAUGAUCUACACAAACAAUAUCAGAUUGUGGAAAGAGUAAUUGCUCAUUCAAAUCAGAAAUCAGCGGCUGGUUAUCCAGACUACUAUUGCAAAUGGCAGGGUCUGCCUUACUCAGAAUGUAGCUGGGAAGAUGGUGCUCUCAUUGCCAAAAAGUUUCAGGCACGCAUUGAUGAGUAUUUUAGCAGAAAUCAGUCCAAGACCACUCCCUUUAAGGAUUGCAAGGUUCUAAAACAGAGGCCAAGGUUUGUUACACUAAAGAAGCAACCUUCUUACAUUGGAGGACAUGAAAGUUUAGAGUUAAGAGAUUAUCAGUUAAAUGGAUUGAAUUGGCUUGCUCACUCAUGGUGCAAAGGGAAUAGCUGUAUUCUUGCAGAUGAAAUGGGUCUGGGCAAAACAAUACAAACAAUUUCUUUUCUGAACUACUUGUUUCACGAACAUCAACUGUAUGGGCCUUUCUUGCUGGUUGUGCCACUUUCUACCUUGACAUCUUGGCAAAGAGAGAUUCAAACUUGGGCUCCUCAGAUGAAUGCUGUGGUUUACUUAGGAGAUAUAACUAGCAGAAAUAUGAUUAGAACUCAUGAAUGGAUGCAUCCACAGACCAAACGAUUAAAAUUUAACAUACUUCUAACAACAUAUGAAAUUUUGCUGAAGGAUAAGUCAUUCCUUGGUGGUCUGAAUUGGGCGUUCAUAGGAGUUGAUGAAGCUCAUCGUUUAAAAAAUGACGACUCUCUUCUGUACAAGACGUUAAUAGACUUUAAGUCUAACCAUCGUCUUCUUAUUACUGGAACCCCUCUGCAAAACUCCCUCAAAGAACUUUGGUCUUUGUUGCACUUCAUCAUGCCAGAAAAGUUUUCCUCCUGGGAAGAUUUUGAAGAGGAGCAUGGCAAAGGGAGAGAGUAUGGUUAUGCCAGUCUUCACAAAGAACUGUUGCUGAGAAGAGUUAAAAAAGAUGUAGAAAAGUCUUUACCUGCUAAAGUUGAGCAAAUUUUGAGGAUGGAAAUGAGUGCAUUGCAGAAGCAAUAUUACAAGUGGAUUUUAACCAGGAAUUAUAAAGCCCUCAGUAAAGGUUCAAAAGGCAGUACCUCAGGCUUUUUGAAUAUCAUGAUGGAACUCAAGAAGUGUUGUAACCAUUGCUACCUCAUUAAACCACCAGAUGAUAAUGAAUUCUAUAAUAAACAGGAGGCCUUACAGCAUUUAAUACGUAGCAGUGGGAAACUAAUCCUUCUUGACAAGCUACUGAUUCGUCUGCGAGAACGUGGCAACAGAGUUCUGAUUUUCUCACAGAUGGUGAGGAUGCUGGACAUCCUAGCAGAAUAUCUGAAGUAUCGUCAGUUUCCAUUUCAGAGACUUGAUGGAUCAAUAAAAGGAGAAUUGAGGAAACAAGCACUGGAUCAUUUUAAUGCAGAAGGAUCAGAGGACUUCUGCUUUUUACUGUCUACUAGAGCUGGAGGAUUAGGUAUCAACUUGGCAUCUGCUGACACUGUAGUUAUAUUUGAUUCUGACUGGAAUCCACAGAACGACCUGCAAGCACAGGCUAGAGCGCAUAGGAUUGGACAGAAGAAACAGGUUAAUAUUUAUCGGCUAGUCACAAAAGGAUCAGUAGAAGAAGAUAUCCUUGAAAGAGCCAAGAAAAAGAUGGUGUUAGAUCAUUUAGUAAUUCAGAGAAUGGACACUACAGGGAAGACUGUACUGCAUACAGGCUCUACUCCUUCAAGCUCAACACCUUUUAAUAAGGAGGAGUUAUCAGCUAUUUUGAAGUUUGGUGCUGAGGAACUUUUUAAAGAACCUGAAGGGGAAGAACAGGAGCCCCAGGAAAUGGAUAUAGAUGAAAUCUUGAAGAGGGCUGAAACUCGGGAAAAUGAGCCUGGUCCAUUAACUGUGGGAGAUGAGUUGCUUUCACAGUUCAAGGUGGCCAACUUUUCCAAUAUGGAUGAAGAUGAUAUUGAGUUGGAACCAGAAAGAAAUUCAAGAAAUUGGGAAGAAAUAAUUCCAGAAGUCCAGCGGCGAAGAAUAGAAGAGGAGGAAAGACAAAAAGAACUUGAAGAAAUAUACAUGCUCCCAAGGAUGAGAAACUGUGCAAAACAGAUCAGCUUUAAUGGCAGUGAAGGGAGGCGCAGUAGAAGCAGAAGAUACUCUGGGUCUGAUAGUGACUCCAUCUCAGAAAGAAAACGGCCAAAAAAACGUGGAAGACCACGAACUAUUCCUCGAGAAAAUAUUAAAGGAUUUAGUGAUGCAGAGAUCAGGCGGUUUAUCAAGAGUUACAAGAAAUUUGGUGGCCCUCUUGAAAGGUUAGAUGCUGUAGCUAGAGAUGCCGAGCUAGUUGAUAAAUCAGAGACAGAUCUUAGACGUUUGGGAGAGCUUGUACAUAAUGGAUGCAUUAAAGCUUUAAAGGACAAUUCAUCUGGACAAGAAAGAGCAGGAGGUAGACUUGGGAAAGUUAAAGGCCCAACAUUCCGAAUCUCAGGAGUGCAAGUGAAUGCAAAGCUAGUCAUCUCUCAUGAAGAAGAGUUGGCACCAUUGCACAAAUCCAUUCCUGCAGAUCCAGAAGAAAGAAAAAGAUAUGUCAUCCCAUGCCACACCAAGGCUGCUCAUUUUGAUAUAGACUGGGGUAAGGAAGAUGAUUCCAAUCUGUUAAUAGGCAUCUAUGAAUAUGGUUAUGGCAGCUGGGAAAUGAUAAAAAUGGAUCCUGAUCUUAGUUUGACACAGAAGAUUCUGCCUGACGAUCCAGAUAAGAAACCCCAGGCAAAGCAGUUACAGACCCGUGCAGACUACCUCAUUAAAUUACUGAAUAAAGACCUUGCAAGGAAGGAAGCACAAAGGCUUGCUGGUGCAGGCAAUUCAAAGAGGAGGAAAACAAGAACAAAGAAGAAUAAGGUGAUAAAGGCUGCAAAAAUAAAAGAAGAAAUAAAAAGUGACUCUUCACUACAACCCUCGGAAAAAUCUGAUGAAGAUGAUAAUGAGGAUAACAAGGUAAAUGAAAUAAAAUCUGAAAAUAAAGAAAAAACUAAAAAAAUUCCAUUGCUGGAUACUCCAGUUCAUAUUACUGCAACUAGUGAACCAGUUCCUAUAUCAGAAGAAUCUGAAGAACUAGAUCAGAAAACUUUUAGUGUGUGCAAAGAAAGAAUGAGGCCUGUCAAAGCAGCAUUGAAACAGCUGGAUCGACCAGAGAAGGGCCUUUCUGAAAGAGAGCAGCUGGAACAUACAAGGCAGUGUCUAAUAAAAAUUGGGGAUCACAUUACUGAAUGUCUAAAGGAGUACACAAAUCCUGAACAAAUUAAACAGUGGAGAAAAAAUUUGUGGAUUUUUGUUUCUAAGUUUACAGAAUUUGAUGCCAGAAAGCUGCACAAACUUUAUAAACAUGCAAUCAAAAAACGCCAAGAGUCGCAGCAACACAAUGACCAGAAUAUUAGCAGCAAUGUGAAUACACAUGUAAUUAGAAAUCCAGAUGUGGAAAGACUGAAGGAGAACACAAACCAUGAUGACAGUAGCAGGGACAGUUAUUCUUCUGAUAGACAUUUUUCACAGUAUCACGAUCAUCAUAAAGACAGGCAUCAGGGAGAAGCUUACAAGAAAAAUGACUCUAGGAAAAGGCCCUAUUCAGCCUUCAGCAAUGGAAAAGAUCACAGGGACUGGGAUCACUACAAACAAGACAGUAGAUAUUACAGUGAUAGUAAACAUAGAAAGUUAGAUGACUACAGGAGCAGAGACCACAGGUCAAACCUGGAAGGAAGUUUAAAAGACAGCCGGGCUCAUUCAGAUCACCGUUCGCAUUCAGACCACAGGAUACAUUCAGAUCACCGGUCCACUUCAGAGUACAGCCAUCAUAAAUCUAGAGAUUAUAGAUACCACUCAGACUGGCAAAUGGACCACAGAGCUUCAGGUAGCGGCCCAAGGUCACCAUUAGAUCAGAGGUCUCCUUAUGGUUCAAGAUCUCCCCUAGGACACAGAUCUCCAUUUGAACACUCAUCAGAUCACAAAAAUACACCUGAACAUACAUGGAGUAGCCGGAAAACAUAACAAAGACUGACAUUUUCUGGACCUUCUUUUAGCCAUAUACAGUAAACUAACACAGUAAUUGCCUUACAUGACUUGAAAGAUACGGACUGGAUAUUCUAUCAGUAGCAGUAUUGUUACUACUUUCCAGGAUGCAAGGUCUAUUAUCCCAACAGAAGAAAAAUAUUUUUGUAUUUAAAGUUUAUGCUGCACUGUGCUGCAAAUGUUGUGGCACUCUUUUUUAAGAAAUGGAAGAUGUUUACUUUUACAGGGACCUCAACACUGCCCCUUUCAGACUGGAUCUUACUAUAAAACUCUUCAUGUCUAAGUGGUUUUAGGCUGAACACGUUUUAAAUUAUGUUUGUAAAUGAACUUCUAAACAGUGAUCUGUGCUCAUAUUUCAGGAAGGAACGAGGAGUUUAUUUUGUUCUGUUUCUUAGUAAAGAAUUCUCAAGGACUUUGUUCACUUUCCAAAGCUACUUGUUUACAUUGUACACUGCGACCACCUUGCCGCUUUUCAUCACAAGCUUGAAUAUUUAAAUUCUGUACCUAUAACUGUAAAAAAGCCAGGAUUUCUCCUGUUUGUGAUCAGUUAUAAUGCCUUUUUACAAAACAAAUAAUAAAAAAAAGAAAACACACAAACAAAUGGCUGUAAAUUAUUGUAAAUUAAUUAAAUGAGCUUUUU